AUGGUCACUGUGAUCCGAUACAAGUUCCCACCAGAGGCCUACCAGGUUCUCUUCCUCCUAAGCGCUUUCUUGUACGUGGACCAGGCUGGCCCCAACACCAUGGGCGCAUGGAUACGCCAGGCUCUUGGUGGCCCCUCUGUGAUGCGCAAGAUCAAAAACUUGGCGAUCGGCAUCCACAUCCUCGAAGCGCUGGUCAUGUUGUGCGUCAAUAUCCGCCGUGGAGCGGCGCUUAGCGUGACGCUCAAGUGGGUGAUAACGACGCUGAUUCUCGGCGGCCCGACGUGGGGUACCUUUUCCAAAAUCAAUCACGGCGUGUGGGGCUAA